AUGUCAGCCUUAGCAGAGAAAAUCGGCACCAAGCUUCUGGUAAAGUUUGCUUGUGGCAUUGCAGGGGCCGCUGGCAAGAAGGCCUUUGAGAAGGGCUUUGAGGAGUUCUUUGGUAGCGAUGAACAGAACCUUCAGAAGGAGAUUGCAGAUGUCAAGCAGAAACUCGAAGAAGCCAUCGGCCUCAUCCGCGAUGUCAAGAAAUCCAUUGACAAUCUCGCCAGUCAAUUGGCGGAUAGCAUUCUGCAACUUCGAAGUGACUCUUUGAAGAGUCACUUGACAAAGAUUGACAGUCUGUACAAUGGCAUCAUCGAUAUUUUCGAGACUGUCGUUCGUGACUCGGCGAUUGCGGACCUUGAGAAGCGCCAGGAGAAAAUGCGCGGUCUCCAGAAGAGAUUGGAUAAUCAACUCAAGGAGGUUGCUAAGAAUGUUCCUGAGAGUCUGGAACAGAUCAACAGCUUUCUGGGCGAGGAGGGGAGCAGUUCGUUUCUCAAGCAACUCGCACAGCGGGCCUUUGACAACUCGGAGGAAUUCCGAAUUUUCUACCUUCGAUGCCGAGCUUUGGUCUACAGCUAUUGGGCGGUUGUUGGUCGGGGUAUUGAGCUUCUAGAGAUGGCGACGGAGUCCCCGAAAGUCCACUUCUCUGAAGGCGAGAAGACUGUCGCCCGCCACAUUGGAUAUCUGGAGAAGCAGCGUGAGCUCUUCGAGUCGUCCAUCGGCAGGGCUACGAUCGACCUCUACAACAGGCUGAUGGAAGUCAAGGGGGAAGACAAAUUGCAAGUCUGGUUUGCGACGAGCGCUUCAUCUGGAUUAGUCCAACACCCCAUCGUUGCAACCGCCCCCAUGGCCGUUGCGAAAGCCGGGUGGCAGAAAUGGUACCUGACACCUGCGUCGGGCAGGGAGUCGCUUGAAUCAUUCAGCAGCUCUGCCUAUUGGCUGCAAGAGAUUGAAACAGGCGAUUGGUUGGGCAACGUGACUGCAGGCCAUGGCUAUGCUGCUAGCAGGUUCGUGAUUAAAGGGCACGGGCUCAAUGUCCCCGUUCAGUGGAACUGGUUUAUCAAGCCCUCGGCGCCAGGUUCUGACAGGUUUACUAUCAGGCAGGAAGAAUCUCCUGGCUGGGUUAUAACCGUGGACACGGAAACCAAAGCUUUGCUGAUGAAAGAGCCCUUGCCUAGUUCAAGUGCCGAGGGGUUUCAAAUUCUACCUGUGGAUAACUGA